GGCUGUUAAAAUACAACAUGGCAGCUGAGAAACGUGAUAACAACUAAUGUGGUAUGGUACAAAUUUUAAACAUUAACUUUAUUUUUUUGGGACAAUAAAAUAUAGCAAUAUGGUAAACUAGUGCUAUAUUAUUAUGAUGAGCAUGUAGCUGGUGUAUAUAUAUAGAACAAACAUGACAUCUAUCAUCCAUUUUACAGCUCUUUCUGGAGCACAAAAUGAAGGGCCUCUGUGUUAUUUGUUACAAGUAGAUGAAUUCAAAUUUCUUUUGGAUUGUGGAUGGGAUGAGAAUCUUGAUCCUAACGUAGUGGACAAUAUUUGCAGGCAUGCACAUUCUAUUGAUGCAAUUUUACUGACGCACCCUGACAUCUACCAUAUUGGUGCACUACCAUAUCUAGUUGGAAAAUGCAACCUUCACUGUCCGGUGUAUGCAACUAUUCCUGUAUACAAGAUGGGACAGAUGUUUUUGUACGACUUUUAUCAGUCCCACCAAAAUUAUCAAGAGUUUCCACAUUAUACCCUAGAUGAUGUUGAUUCUGCUUUUGACAAAAUUAUUCAGCUGAAAUAUUCUCAACAUGUUAGUCUCAAAGGGCGUGGCCAUGGUCUGAGCAUUACACCAUAUGCUGCUGGUCACAUGAUAGGUGGUACAAUGUGGAAGAUAAUGAAGGAAGGUGAAGAAGAUAUCAUAUAUGCUGUUGACUAUAACCAUAAGAAAGAAAUUCAUUUAAAUGGUGCAGUCUUGGAGACUCUAAGCAGACCAUCACUUCUCAUAACAGAUGCAUUAACGGUACUUAAUGUACAAGCACGAAGACGAGAAAGGGAUAUACAGCUGAUGAAUACCAUUUUAUCAGCAGUACGUAAAGAUGGGAAUGUCUUGCUGGCUGUUGAUACUGCUGGUCGCAUCUUAGAAUUGACACAGUUGCUUGACCAGUUGUGGCGAUCAAAGGAUUCUGGGUUAUGUGCAUACUCAUUAGCUAUUCUAAAUAAUGUCAGUUAUAAUGUAGUGGAAUUUGCAAAAAGUCAAGUUGAAUGGAUGAGCGAUCGUAUGAUGAAAACAUUUGAAACUGCACGAUCAAACCCAUUUGCUUUUAAAAAUAUUACCCAAUGCCACACAAUGAAAGAUCUUGAACAGAUUUCAUCACCAAAGGUUGUGCUAGCCAGUACCGCAGAUUUAAACAGUGGUUUCUCACGAGAGUUGUUCAUCGAAUGGGCGUCCAAUCCAAAAAAUAGUGUCAUCUUUACAUAUAAAACUGCUCCUGGAUCCUUAGCCAGAACAUUAAUUGACAAUCCUAACAUAGGAGUUGUUGAAUUAGACGUUGCACAUAAAGUGAAAUUGGAAGGAGCUGAAUUAGCACAAUAUUUAGAAGUUGAAAAGGAAAAGGCAAGACAAUUAAAAUUGACUCGCAAAUCCAUAGAAUCAGAAAGCAGACACGAAAAUGUUUUUAAAGAAGAAAGCGAGAGUGAAGAUGAAAAUGAAGAUGCAACAAUGAAUGCAACUAAAUCGAAAUAUGAUCUCAUGUUGACUGAUGAAAAGCUUCGUCACAAAAGCAGUUUUUUUAAGCAAGCGAAAAUUUAUCCAAUGUUUCCCUACAAAGAAGAACGUUUGAAGUGGGAUGAUUAUGGAGAAAUUAUCAAACCAGAAGACUACAUGAUCACUGAACCUACAACAUUAGAAGAAGAAGUACCAGAGAGUAAGUUUCAAGACAUUAAAGAAGACAUGGAAGUGUUAGAAAUGAAGGAGAUUCCAACGAAAAGUGUAAUGAAGAAAGUCACAGUUGAUGUCAGAUGUCAAAUAACAUAUAUUGAUUUCGAAGGACGUUCUGAUGGAGAGUCUGUUAAAAGAAUUCUCACGUUGGUGAAACCAAGGCAACUUAUAGUUGUGCAUGGUACACGAAAAGCUACCAAAGCACUAUCCGAAUACUGUCGCUCCAGUAAUACAAUGAAUGUUUCACGAAUAUUCACCCCGAAAGAAAAUGAAAUGGUGGACGCUACUAGGGAAAGUCAUAUAUAUCAAGUGAAAUUAAAAGAUUCGUUGGUCAGCUCUCUAAAAUUUGCCACUGCUCAAGACACGGAGUUAGCAUGGGUAGAUGGCCAACUGGUGAUGGAGGAGAGGGGAGAAAAGUUUGAUAAAAUGGAGACUGAUGAAUAUAAAAGCAAAGAUGUCGUACCAGUGUUGGAACAACUGCCCCCAGAACUGAUACCCAGUCACACCACGGUUUUUAUCGAUGAACCAAGAUUAAGUGAUUUUAAACAAGUACUCACUAAAUCUGGGAUACAGGCUGAAUUCGCUGGUGGUGUUCUUGUCUGUAAUAAUAUCGUCGCCGUAAAAAGAAAUGAACAAGGUAAAAUCACUGUGGAAGGAGGUUUAUGUGAAGAAUAUUAUCAAAUCCGUGACUUGUUAUACGAACAGUAUGCCAUAGUUUAAGUUGCUGUUCGCUGUUGACUGCUGUCAGAAAAAUCACAGUUUGGUUAAAGUACUCGUCCCUACUUGAAAAAGUACGUUACCAUGGAAACGUUAAAUCGAAUUGAGCGUACUGAGGGCAACGUGAAAGCAUGCAUACAUGGCGCCUAAAUACAAGCUGUAUAUACUUUUCGAAAGAAUUUCUAAAACUAUGAAAAAGUUAUUCUAAAAAGACAUUUUGUCAUGAUUUUCGUGUGACUGAUAUAUGAACCGUCUUGUUUCGCACUGAUCUGUUAUUUCUUUUGAACAUUCAAACAUUUGUUAACUUAUUCUUUAAAUAGACGAGUGUAAUCGGAAAACACAGUAUAAAGGAGUGUUUUGUUUUAAUAUAUUGAAAAAAAUUUUCA